UCUUUCAUUACGGUAGUUAUCUCGCUCCUUACGUGAAAUAUACGUUUUAAAGGCACACGACCCCCGCACGUUUCUUCGUGUCUGUCAUGGCAGCCAGUGCAUGUGCGGGUCUGCUCCUUGUAGCAAUCGCAGCGAUCGGCACGACUUACACCUACAAUGUUAUGUUAGCGUCCAGGCUAGAAGCGCUUCACAAGUUGACUUCUACCGCAUCAAAAGAGAAUAAUGAAAGCAGCACUGACUUGUCCGAAAACAGGACGAACUUCGACAUCUUUAACCCUUUCAACAACAGCGAAGACGACUACCUCGUGAAACGUCGCGUGAGGGGACGUUCCUCUUGGAACUUGAAACAGCGCUGGGCCGGAAAACAGAAGACCUCGUCCAAGACCACGGCGGCCGGUGCAUCGAGUCACCAGCUGUGGUGCUUCGUCCGUCGUGAAGCCCUCGCGUCGAGCCAGUAUGGUUUUGGACGUCUUCCCUUAGGGUUGUGUUCUGUCAUCGUGUACCAGAGCGUCAUCAUCACGUUCAAGGACAUACGAGUGGACCUGGCUUCUCAAGACAUAGACUUCGAUGAGCGCCGGGGAGGGAUGAAAAAGUUGGCUUCGCUCAAAAGACUUAAUCCGAGUAUCCAAGUGUACGUGCAGUUAGGCGAGCCGGAUCAACCUCCCAUGCUGCACUCAGCGGACCAAAAACGCAAGAGGGACAGCCCGAACGGGGUCCUCCAGGCAUUGCUCACCGCGAGCGAUGCCGUCCUGCAGGACUUUGCCACCGGCGUGUCCCUGUGGAUAUCUUCACGACACCUGGACGGACUCGCGGUAGACCUCCGAGGGGCUGUUCUCUCACUGGAGCCCAAUGACACGGGGACUAACAUCACGACCCGCUUCGCUCAUAUCUGUUACGAGCGACUACGCAAGGAUGAUGUAGGGUUCGUUCUGCUACUGCCGGAGGACCCAGUGCUAUUUGCCCGUUACGACAUGAACGCCCUUUUAAACACAGGAUCUCUAAAGCUUAUUCAGAAAAGCCACUAUGUGAGUGGACUCACAAAGGCGUCCUGUCUGUCUCCCUACAAAGCGCCUGAUCUCAGUGUGGAGCGCAUCGUGAACCGCACCUUGAAUGCCGUGCCGAACCUGAUGUCCAGGGUUCUGCUCUCGGUCACCUUUACUGGUGCCUUCUUUUUCGUGGACGACGAGCUCGCUCGCAACCCUGCCAACGUCACUGCCUUCAUGCAGGCUGCCUACCACGGAUUCCUGCCAUACCGAGAGGUGUGCCGACGUGUGCUACGCGGCCAGUGGUGGGCUGUCACGAACGUGGCAACGGACUGCAUUGAAGCCGGGCGAGCCACCGAGUGGGCAUCGUGCUUUGGUCCCGCCAGUGGAUAUUGGCUCGUGUCACUGAAGGGCGUCCUCGGUGGCCUUGCAGUGUUCGACGUCGACGGCGAUGAUUUCGACGGGUCGUGCGGGGAGCGGCACAUUUUGCUUUCCAGACUUCAAGACUUGCUUGCUUGACCUUCACGGAUGUUAUUUGCAACGAUAGUAUAUAUAUAUUUAUCAAAAUAAAUGUGAGGUGAAACAAA